AGUAGGAAGAGAAAACAAUGGGAGGAAAAUGCCCAAGCAGGAAAGUAAAGAAGCGAAGAUAUUCUCACAAAACAGCUCGCCGCGACAAGUUCCUCCUCAAAGGUGAUGACGCCGUUUAUGACGAGCUGCAAAAGGGUGAUUCCGAGAAGAAACCGUUGCCUCGCGAUGAGGAUUUGCCUGGAAUGGGUCAAUAUUACUGCUUACACUGCGACCGAUAUUUUGCGAAUUCAACUGUGAGAGAUGAACAUUUCAAGACGAAACGACACAAAAAACGUUUGAAGCUGAUGUUGGGGCCUGCACCACAUACUCAACUUGAUGCUGAUUUGGCUGCUGGGAUGGGCAUGCCAGAUAAUGGACCAACAUUAAUGUCAAUGUGAGCAUUGUUCUGUCAAUCAGUGGGUGAAGUUAGAGCUCCUGAUUGCACAUGAAAGGUCCACCGUUCCUUGAGAACUGAUUGCCUUUCU